AUGAAAGAACGGGGCCUCAUCCAACAUCGCCCCACGCGACGGAUGACCCGCGAUGCGGCCGUAUUGUCUACAUACCCACUGGAUGGCAUGAUAGCCGAGGUCCACCGAUUACUUGGCCCGACUUGGGUGCUUCCCCCGUAUGAUCGUCUACUGCCGCCUAAUUUGGAGUCGCCAUCAUCAACGUUACAGCAGGAUGACAUAGACUUUCUGAUUCGGAAGGGCGCCUUUGAUGUGCUGGAGCCACAAUCUGCCCUAGAGUUUUUCAAAGCCUAUAUUCGACACGUUCACCCUCACGUUCCUUUUCUCGACCUAGACCGUUUCUCGGCGUUCCUUCUUGAGUGGCAGACCGGUUGUGAAAAUGCAGGUUACAAAGGGCAGAAAACCAGUUUACUUUUGUUUCAGGCCGUUAUGUUUUCUGGUGCGUUCUUCGUGGACUUGAAACAUAUUUAUGCGGCGGGUUUCCUUUCCAGACGAAGUGCAUUGGAUUCCCUCUUCCAACGAGCACGGGUUUUGUACGAUCUCGAUGCAGAGGAUAACAAGUUGACAGCUGUUCAAGCUCUUCUACUCAUGACCUAUUGGUACGAAAAUCCAGAGUGGCAUAAGGAUGGCCGCCAUUGGAUCGGGGUCUGCAUUUCACUUGCAUAUAAUGUUGAGCUUCAUCUCGACUACUCGGGGCAUCCGGAUUGGGGACUACGAAAAGUUCUAUGGUGGUGUAUUUUCACUCGCGAUCGGCUGAUGUCGCUGGGGCUACAGCAACCUCCAAUCAUCAAAGACCAACUUCAAUCAUCCAUUCCACUUCUAGCGACCGAUAAAGAUGAUAUAGUUGCGCCAAGAUUUGUCUCCAAAAUAGGCAUUUCAUACUAUGCCAAUCGUCAUGAAAGACUGGCUCAAAUAUUCAUACAUAAAGCCCAUCUAUGCCGCUGUGUCAGAGAUGAUCUUUUCUCUUGGAAUUGCCAACCUAUCAAUACUCGUCAACCGAUUACACCGUCACGAAAAUCCUGUUUAUGGCUCUCAAAAUUGGAACUUGACAAUUGGCUUCAAGAGCUACCCGAAAACAUAUCGUUUCAUCCCACACCAUUCAUCACCGACGAGUCUGAUCUCCUACUGCAUUCACACUCUGCAUGGUUAAAAUUGAUAUAUUUAGAGCUACACGGCGUUAUUCAUCGCCAACUCGACUUUUUAUCUGAAAAAUACAGCUCACGCCAACAACUUUCCAUUGAAGCACCUGAUUGCCCUGUCCUGCAAAGUGCUGUUGAAUUCACCAUGAUUUUACAAGACCUUCACGAGAAGCAUCUUAUCUCCUAUCUCACAACGACAAGCGUUCCUAUGAUAUUACGAGCAGGGAUCCUUCAUAUCCAAGAAAUAUUCCUGGCCAAUUCAAUCUCAAAUUCAGCAAGUAUCCGUCGACUAUUGCACUGCAUUCUGUCACUUCAGCAACUCGGUAGUAGAUACGGGUCGGCAUUAUUCGUGGCUUCGUUACUCGGAGCCCCGAAGGGUCUAUCUGUUGUUACUUCUACGCCAAGCGAAAUCCUUGCUCAUGUCGACAUAGAGUCACUAGGUCGGCUGACAUCGAACUUCUCCGAUUGUUCAGAUAAAACCGUUAUUAAGAUCAGAGAACCAUAUGAUGUGGACAUUGUGUCGGGACUGAAGUCAAAAGUCGAAAAUUUGAAGAUAGCCGCUUUAUAG